CUGUCCCGAUCGCUCUUGCGCUCGCGCUUCUGUUCCGGAAUCUGCAGCGCUGAGUCGAAUUCGUUCGCGGAGCGUGGGGCGGAUCGAGAGACGACGACGACGACGAAGGGGAGGAGGUAGCAGAGCACGCGAAAGAAAGGGCAGGGCAGUGCUGGGCUGGUCUUGGCUUUCGGGCGAGCAGCUAUGGCGUCCGCGCUGGGAACCCCGAUGCUGCUGAGAGCGUUUCCAGCAGCGCCAUCGCUGCAUUGGUCGACCAGCGAGCGCCCUUCGAGUUCUGCUUUGGCGGUGAAAUCUCGGACCGGCCUCUCGUUGUCGAAUCUCCCAUCUGGUUGCAAUUUUCUCCCGUCGGUGCUGCCGAACUUUAAACCCUCAGGACGACGGAUCGUGGAAGCCAAUGCCAAAAAGUCGAAGCAGAAAGCUGCAGCUCCCGUUGAACCUGUGGUUGAAGAGCAGGAAGUGGAGGUGGAAAUCUCUUGGGUCGAGGAGAAGGCUGAGGACGCCGUCCAGUAUUUGACGUCCGCUGUGAAGGCGGUUCCCGGGCCCAGGGUUGGCGGUGGGGAUUUGCCCUGGUUACUUGCUGUGCCCCUUGGUUAUGCCGCGAUUUCGUUCGUCAUAGCUGUCGUGAAGACGGCACGAAAGCUGUCUUCGCCCCGCGAGAAGCGUCGACAGCAGAUUGGGAAGAAUGCCUGGCUGUGUGAGACAUUGAGUGAUUACUUGCCUGCGAAGCGGGAGGCGCUGACUCCCAAGGUUUUUGAGGAAAUCGCCAAGCAGAGCAAAUUUGACGCCGAGGAGGUUAUGCGGAAAUACAUUCGUUAUGCAUUGAAUGAACGACCUUUCAAUCCUGAAUUGGUGGCGGAUCUCAUCCACUUGAAGGGAGUGACAGGGCUGGAUGAUGAAACAGUGGUUGAGGUUUUGAAUGAGGUCUCUAGAAGGAUAGUGAAGGCCAAGGGGCCGGUGAUUAUGAAAACAACAGGAUUCACAGAGAAAGGCUUGAAGCGAAAAGCUGCUGUCCAAGCUCUAUUCAGCAAAAUUUUAUAUUUAGCUGAGCUUGAUCAAUUCUGCUCUACAGAGAAUAGGAGUUCAUUGAGCAUCAAGGAAAUUUUUGGAGUCACUGAAGAGGACGCCAACAACAUACGGAUAGAAUCUUUGUCUGGAACAACUGAAUUAGAAUCUUUGGAAAAAAGCGUAGGAAUAAGCCCAGACGAUGAAAAAGAGGAGAAAGACGAGGAUGAGUAGAGGCCUACAUGUAAUAGCCAUCUAAUAUGCUGAGCAUAAAUUCCGUCUCUCCAGUACCCGAGUUCACUUGGAAAGCAAGGUAAGAAGGAUCCUGCCUCCACGCACCUUGCUCAGUGUCUCUGCGGAAUUAGUCUAGCUAAAUUCAUGAAGAGUAAGUGGUCCUGGCAGCUCAAGCACGGAGUGGCUCGGUUUUGAUUUGGUGGAGGCUCAAGGGUUUUUCCUUUUGGCCUUCUUGUACCAAUAUUUAUACACGUUUUGUGCGCAAUUGAAGCAAAUGAAUAAAUACUAGUGGAAAGAGAGGUCCCUAAGAGCAGUAGGGUUCAAGAGA